CCCAAAAAAAAAUUUGUUCAUCCUUUUCUUGGAAGCUCAGCGGUGGUGCUCGAGCUCGCCCUUUUUCUAUUUCGCUCAAAGUUAACCAUGGAGAACUCUGAAGGCAGACUCGUUGAUCUUUACAUUCCCCGCAAGUGUUCGGCUACCAACCGUCUCAUCAAUGCCAAGGACCACGCUUCCAUCCAGCUCAACGUUGGUGAUGUCGAUGCCGAGGGUCGCUACACCAACUCUUUCUCCACCUACGCUCUCUGCGGUUUCGUUCGCAAGGAAGCCGAAGCUGAUGACUCCAUCAACCGUCUCGCCACUCAGGAUGGUUACUUGAAGAAUGUCUGGUCUUACCAAAAGUAAAAAAGUCCAACAAACAAUUCAUUCAUCAUACUUGUGAAUAAAAGAAAGAAAGAAAACCCAAACAACUCUUUCGAGUCCACUUGUCAUAUUUGUAUAAACACCAUUGGGGUUGGGUUUGGUUGUGUUUUUUUGUAUAUAAAAAAAAGGAUGCAAGGAUCUAUGAUCAGAAAAAUGCCAUGGUUAUCCCCUAAACGAAUUGCUGUCUCUUUUUCUUUUUCUUUUCUUCCCUUUGUUUUCACAUCACUCGUUUCAAUGCUUUCUUUUCCGAUUCUUUUUGCCACCU